AUGAAUCUUCUUUUUGGAAGAAAAUUAUUUACUUUACUUCCUCAAAACCGUCAAUUCCCCUUCUCCUCAACAAGGGUUUUUGCUUGUUUCCUCUUCUCCACUAAAACCCCAACCAAACCUCUAUCUUCUUCAGGCUCUUCUGAAUUAUACAGAAGAUUUGAAGUCAUAAGAGACCCAAGAGUCUCAAUCGUACCAGUGCUUGAUCAAUGGGUCAAAGAGGGCAACACUGUUGACAAACACCAGCUUGUGAAUCUGACUCGGCUCAUGAAAGAUUUUAAACGGUUUAAACAUGCUUUAGAGGUAUCGGAAUGGAUGACGGGUCGGCGGUUUUUUACAUUAACAGCGGAAGAUGCGGCAUUUAGGUUGGGAUUAAUCCAGAGAGUUCAUGGACUAGAGGAGGCAGAGAACUACUUCAAUAAACUUUCGAUUAAGUUAAAAAAUAGGUACACAUAUGGUGCUAUUCUUAAUGGUUGUGCACGAGAGAAAUCUGUGCAGAAAGCAGAAGCAAUUCUGCAGGAAAUGAGAGAAAGGGGCAUGAUGAUAUCAUCUUUUCCUUACAACAUAGUGAUCAACCUUUAUUCUCAAACUGGAGACUUUGGCAAAAUCCCCCCAUUGGUGAAAGAAAUGGAAAGGAAUGGAAUUCCUCUAGAUAAAUAUACAAUGAGAAAUCUUAUUGCUGCAUCUAUUGCUUCAUCUGACAUUUCUACAGUGGAAGGAAUCUUGAAAUUGAUGGAGGAGAAUCCAGAGCUUGGUCUUGAUUGGAAAGCAUAUGCAAUGGCUGCUGAUGCAUAUCUGAGGAUUGGGUCAAUUGAAACAGCUUUAACAAUGUUAAAGAAGGUGGAGAAAUGGAUGACCUGCAGAAGGGAGAAACGGGGAUUUAAUUUCCUUUUGACUCUCUAUGCAAAAACGGGGAAUAAGGACGAGCUUUAUCGAAUUUGGAAUUUGUACAAGCCCUCGAGCAAAUCCAUGGAUACGUCAUAUUUGUGCAUGAUUGAAUCUCUUUCGAAACUGGAUGAUAUUGAGGGAGCAGAAAAAAUCUUUAAAGAGUGGGAGUCUCAAUGCUCCAUGUAUGACUUUCGUGUAUUGAAUAGGCUUCUUGAUGCUUAUUGCAAGAAGGGACUUUUGAGGAGGCUGAAGCAGCCAUAG